UAUAAAAAAAACAGUUUGGUUUUGUGCACGAAGAGGAAGUGUUUUGUGUUUGUGACUUGUGACAAAAAUAGUGCGAUAUAUAUUUUCUAAUAGUUAUUAAUUUUAAUUUCCGUACACUUGGACAGUUAACAAAUAAGUGAUAAAAAAAGAAAAGUUAUGAAAUACAAGGUACUGCAAAAUGUCGCAUUUUACAACUGGAUCAGAUAGAACGAAUCAUGGGGUGCAAGACACACCAAAUCAACCCCAAAACGUGGCCCCUAAUGCCAGCAUUGGGGGUACCACUUACACUUUUCCAGAUGUUACUUUGGCAUCAGGUGGAAUUGUGAGGUUACCAAGUCAAACGAGGGGCCACCUAAGAAGCGUUAGUCAUGGGGGCAGUUCUAAUGUAGUAACAGGCAGCAGUUCGGCAGGCAUCGUUGGCAGAUCAGCCCUUAAGGGUUCGAGAGGUCAUCAGCGGGCCUUCUCUCAAGGUCAGAUAUCGGAGGUGUCCAGCGGAGCAUCUGUCAAACCUGGUCAUUCUCGGGUCGGUUCCAAGACUGAUUUCAUUCUACCUCCCGGGCACAAAGAUACGGGCAGUAUCGAAGGUGCCACAUCUAGAAUAAGCGCUAAGGGACAUUCGAGACAAGCUUCUAGAUCCGAAUCGAUCUACACCCUUCGUCGAACCUCGCCUCCCUCGCUAUGGUACCGGCUGCUCUAUUUCGUGACGCGGCGCGUGCCCAAGUACGAGCAAGAGGAGCGGUACCGGCUGGUGGUGCCCAAUCACAUAGUGCCGCCGAAAACGCCCCGAAAAGACCACCCGAACGGCAGAAGGCCGAACAAUCGGAUCCGCACGACCAAGUACACGUUGCUCAGUUUUUUGCCACGGAACUUGCUCGAACAGUUCCACAGGGUGGCCAACUUGUAUUUCAUCUUCAUAGUGUUGUUGAACUGGAUCCCGGCAAUCAACGCGUUCGGCAAGGAGAUCGCCAUGAUCCCCGUGUUGUUCGUGCUCGGAGUGACGGCGGUUAAGGAUUUGUUCGAGGACCGGCGGAGACACGCUAGCGAUAAGAAUAUUAAUAACAGUACCUGUAGGAUAUAUAAUAGUGAAUCAGCAAGAUAUAAAAAAGUCCUAUGGAAAGAUAUCCGUGUGGGCGACCUUAUACAUUUAUCCAACAACGAAGUGGUACCUGCAGAUAUUCUCCUUUUGCGGUCUAGUGACAGUAGCGGCCUAUGUUACAUCGACACCGGCCAUUUGGACGGAGAAACCAACUUAAAACAGCGUCAAGUGGCCAGAGGUUUUGUAGAAAAGCAAAAUUAUUUUGAGCCAAGCAAGUUCCGAAGUAAAAUAGAAGUUGAGGCGCCGACCACGAAGAUCUACCGGUUUCACGGUGCCAUAGUACACGAAUCCGGUGAAAGAGUACCGGUCGGUACUGACAAUUUGUUGUUAAGAGAGUGUUUGUUGAAAAAUACCGAUUUUAUUGAAGGUAUUGUCGUUUAUGCGGGUCAUGAAACCAAAGCCUUACUUAAUAACGGCGGUCCCAGAUACAAAAGAUCGUCCUUAGAAAAGCAAAUGAAUAAAGCUGUGAUUUGGUGUGUCUUAAUACUUAUUUUACUGUGCAUUAUCGGAGCUUUUGGCUGUAAGCUUUGGCUACAAUCCUACACCGACUUGCCUCCUCCCUAUCAAGAACACGACGAUCCUUCCCAGGAAGCUUUUUUAGCCUUUUGGAUAUACGUUAUUAUUUUACAAAUUAUGAUUCCUUUAUCGUUAUACGUUACCUUAGAAUUGUGCAAAAUAUUACAAGUGUAUCAUAUUCAUCAAAACGCCGACUUAUACGAUCCUAUAACUAACAGAAGAAUCGAAUGCAGAGCUUUAAAUAUCACGGAGGAAUUAGGACAAAUAGAGUAUAUUUUUUCCGACAAAACUGGUACUCUGACGGAAAACCGUAUGAUUUUCCGAAAAUGUACUAUUGCUGCUGUCGAUUAUAAUCAUCCCGAAUUGGAGAACGAAUCGCAAAACAAUAGCAAUAAACAGACGAAUUUGAGUGUCGUAGUGAAUAAAAAUUUGCAGAGCGACUUGAAUCAAGAGGGCUGCGUGUCCGAACAAAUAUUUAGUACUAGGGCGAUCCAUAGCGCUAGAAUACAAGAAUUCUUAUUGUUUUUAGCCGUAUGCAAUACGGUAGUGUGUUCUCGACAUCCGCAUCACGAUAUAAUGAACGCCAGUGGUAUUAUUGAAGCAGUUCCUAACCUAACAGAAAACGAAAUGAACGUGAAGAAACUCGAAUACGACCAUCCCAAUCCGGUUACCGUUAAAGACAAAUACACUCGAUUGGAAGAGUCCCGAUCGGUUACACCUUCACCUCCACUCAACCUGUACUCCCCCGAUAACAGAAGAACGCGUAUCACUACCCUCGAUACUAUAGAUUCCUGCGACAACUCGCCCGAUUCCCUUCAAAGCCACAGCAGUUCCAAGUCGCUCCGGCCGAAACUGCUCAGCAUACCGAGCAUCGGCGGUUUUCUGACCCGAAAAAACACCAGCAACACCAAUCUAACCGACGAGCAGAAGGUGAAACUAAAUCAGGUGUGCACGCCGUCCCCUGGCGAUUUCAAGCCGAUCUACGAGGCGGAAAGUCCGGACGAAUUGGCCCUUGUGGAUGCCGCUCGAAUUUACAAUUGUAAAUUGAUCAAACGCACUCCCACAGAGGUCACUGUAGACGUCCCUUCCGAAGGGAGGUUAGCGUUUAAAAUCCUAAACAUUCUGCCUUUCGAUUCGACUAGGAAAAGGAUGUCGAUCGUUUUCAGGCACCCCGUAUCGCAGGAGAUCGUGUUGUAUUGCAAGGGGGCCGAUACGUCGAUUAUACCGCAUCUGACGCCGGCGGAGGAUGAUUCUGAGGAGAAGUUUAUCGUUAAUAAGACGCAACAGCAUUUAAAUAACUACGCCAGGGAGGGGUUGAGGGUUCUGGUGAUGGCGAAGAGGAUUUUAACUGAGCAGGAGUACAACGAGUGGUACCGGAAACACCAAGAAGCCGAAUUGGCGACCGAUAAUGUGGAAAAGAAAAUAAGAGAUAGUUAUUCGAGUAUCGAAAGCCAUAUGACGCUGUUAGGAGCAACAGGGAUCGAGGACAGGCUUCAAGAGGGCGUUCCCGAAACUCUGUCCGCUCUAAUCGCUGCCGGAAUAGUUGUGUGGGUAUUGACCGGGGACAAACCGGAAACCGCCAUCAAUAUAGCUUAUUCCGCCAAAUUAUUUUCGCCCCAAAUGGAACUACUGAAGAUAAUGGCUCGUUCCAAGGAGAGCGCCGAAAGUACCAUAAAUUGUUAUCUGGCAGAUAUCGAACGACACGUGGCCCAAUCAGAUAAUUCUACCCAAGGGUACGAUAUCGACAUUGUGCCUUCUUCGAGUACCUCGAGUCGAUCUCCGUAUGUUCGAUCGUCGACCAAUCACAAAGGACGAGCUCUAGUCGUCGACGGCAAGACCCUGACGUACAUUUUGGACAAGAGAUCGAAUCUGACCAAGUCCUUUCUCAAAUUGACCACGUUCUGCAAUUCGGUGUUGUGCUGUAGGGCCACUCCGCUCCAGAAAGCCUACAUCGUAAAGGUAGUCAAGGAAGAGCUGAAGAAACGAACUUUGGCGAUAGGCGACGGAGCCAAUGACGUUUCGAUGAUACAGACUGCCGACGUAGGAAUAGGUAUAUCGGGACAAGAAGGUAUGCAAGCUGUCAUGGCUGCCGAUUUUGCCCUGUCCCGCUUUAAGUAUCUAGAAAGGUUUUUACUGGUGCACGGUCAUUGGAGCUACGAUCGAUUAGCCAGAAUGAUUCUAUACUUUUUUUACAAAAACGCCACUUUCGUGUUCAUGAUUUUCUGGUACCAAUUUUACUGUGGCUUCUCCGGAUCGGUUAUGAUCGACCAAAUGUAUCUCAUGCUGUAUAAUUUACUUUUCACGUCGCUGCCCCCUAUCGCAAUUGGUGUUUACGAUCAGGUCGCUCCAGAUAAACUUCUGCUAGAAAACCCGUACUUGUACAAACGAAGCCGCCUAGGCAAAUCCUACAAAUGGUACUCGUUCUGGCUCACCAUGGCCGAUUCGAUAUACCAAAGCGUGUGCGUAUUUUGGAUUUGCAAAGUGGCGUACGACGAUACGGAUGCGGACAUGUUCGAAUUCGGCACAGUGACUACCACCGCUUGCAUGUUCGUCAUGUUGUGUCACGUGGCGAUCGAAAUCAGAUCGUGGACGCUUAUUCAUGUUGCAUCGAUUGUUCUCUCGAUCGGUGCGUUCUAUCUGUACUCGCUACUGUACAAUACGUACUGCGUGAACUGCUUCGGAUUGCCUAGUACUUACUGGACUAUACAGAUUGCGAUGCAAAGGUCUGCAUACUAUCUCGUCACGCUGUUGUCCUGUGUAGUAGCGUUGCUUCCAAGAAUUGUAUACAGAGUGGCCCAAACCCUUUGGACGCCCAACGAAGUAACGAGAGAAUUGAUAGCGCAUCGUAAGGCUCGCGGAAGAGGUGAGAAGUUUUUGGUAUCGUGGUCGCGAUCCACAUCUACGUCAUCUAUUUACAGAACCGGUAACAGGAAUCAGCAUAACACUCUGACAGCAGUAGGGUGACCACAUAUAAAAAAAUGUGAAACGUUAGUGAUGCUGCAUUUAUAGGCUGUGAUGUGUACAUUUAAGGGACCAAAUAUAUAGUUCUACUGGUAUAUAUACACACCUGAGUAAGCGAAGAAAUAAUUUCAACGUUUUUAUUUAUCCAACAAAAAAUUAUUGUUCAGUGCCAUUUCGUAUUUGUCCGUUUUACGUAGAGAUAACUUUUUGAUUCUUUCUCGUUGGUUACCAUCCUACUGAUUCAUACUGAAAAUGUAUAAAUUUAGUUAAUUUUUUAUUAUGAUUUUAUUCAUUUUGUUGGAUAAUUAAUAUAUUGUAGGUAGGUGUGAAUUAGAUGCAAUAUCCCCGUUUAUACUGCCUAAAUAAAUCGUUUUAAGUUGAACUGAUAAUAAUGUAUUAAAUAACUAUUUUCUCAUUGUAUAAAUAUAAGAUAAUUAAUAUGUGAUUGACAGAUUGCAUUCUUAAACUAUUUUAGCUCUGUUAAAAGUAUAUUUAUAUUCAAAUCUUUGUUGCCAUAAUGUACCUUUUUAAGAAAUCUAUACUAAGCUUUCUUAAUUUUAUAUAAUAUAUCUUUUGUAAAUAAUAAAAUUUACUUGCCAAACUGUUGGAUAGAUAGCACAAUUUGUAAUUUAUUUUUAUAGCAUAUAGAAAACUUCUUUCUGCGACUUGAAGGUGGUAAUUUUAAUGGAUAUUAUGGAUACAUUGUCAAUUAUAUGUAUGAUAUAGUUAUAAAUAUAUAAAGACUAUACAGGGUGAGUCAUAAAUAUGUGCAAAUAUUUUCAGUACUGGAGGUCUCGAUAAAAGAAACAUAUUUUCUCUUUAGUCCAAAAUAACGGAGUUAUUUCAGUUUGAAAAUUUAGAGUUUUUUUUAAUUUUGAUAACACUUAUUUAAGACUUACCCUGUAUAGAUAUCCCAAUACGUUGCCAAUAUAUUUCUACAAGUGUCACAAUUUUGAAGUUUAAUGAUACUACUUUAAAUUUGUUUUCCCAAUGUAGUACAAUAUAAAUUGAUCAAAAUUUAAAUAAAAAUUAUAAGAAGUAUACUCUUGGAGAUUUAAGAUGUGCAGUAUAACUAAUUUUUACCUAUUUUUUUAGAAAUAUAUAAUAUAUACAUAUUUAAUUGUUUGCGUAAAGCGAUAAACACUAUAGUCUGUGAAACGAAUAACUUUGAAU